GUUUCCAAUAGCUAGCUAGCUUAAUACUAUACAUUGGUGGUCAUGAGUUCUAUGGGCAAUACCAAUUGGCCACCAUAUAAUAGCUAUAGAGAUUGUUCACAAGGGAUUUGUAGCAUAUAUUGCCCACAAUGGUGUUACAUAAUAUUUCCACCACCACCUCCUUUCCAAUCCGGAGAUGAUGAUUCUGGCAUGAAUUUCUCGCCUCUAAUCAUUAUAGUGAUCGGUGUCCUAGCUAGCGCUUUUCUUUUGGUUAGCUACUAUACUAUAAUUUCCAAGUAUUGUAAAAGGAGAGAAAACCAAUUGAAUCCACCUCUAGAAUCUGAUACUAGGAAUGUAUCAACGACGACUCGUGAUCAAUUGCAACAUGCAACUACUGGGCUUGAUGAUUCAUUGAUCAAGUCCAUUGCAGUAUGCAAGUACAUGAAAGGUGAUGGAGUCGUAGAAGGAGCUGAUUGCGCGGUAUGUCUAAGUGAAUUUCAAGAAGGUGAAAGUUUAAGACUAUUGCCAAAAUGUGGCCAUGCAUUUCAUCUUCCAUGCAUUGAUACUUGGCUUAGAUCUCAUUCCAGUUGUCCACUAUGUCGAGCCCAUGUCAUGCCGGGAAUCCCUAUUCCAUUCCAACGAUCUUCGCAUUCACAAAUAAGAUCUUCCAAUUUCAAUGUGUCUUCUCUUUUGUUCCAAAGGAGGAAUGAUCUUGUUCUUGUUGUGGAAGAGACACAAAGGGAUAAUAAUCAUAGGGAUGAAGUUGUUGUAAACGUAGUCGCUAAUGAGAAUUUACAAGAAUACCCUUUUCAUGAACUAGAUUACAAUGGUGAUGCAAUGAGGAUUCCCAUGAAUGUGGGAAAUGGAGAGGGUCAAGCAAUUCAAGAAGUUAGAAGAUCAACUUCAUUGGGAUCAUUUUCUUUCCAAAAUCAAAAUCUUUUGAUUGCUGAUAUACUAAGUAUUGAAGAAGAUCAUGAAAAUUACCAUCAUGAACAAGUAGGCCCAUCUAAAGGAGAAAAUAGUAAAUCAACAAAGAGAAGUAAUACAAUGAAGAGAUCUGGUUCCACAGGUAGAUUCAUGUCCAUAAGAAAUGACAAAGGAGAAAGAAUUUUAUGAUACCAAAUUGAGGUCAGAAUUAUAAUUUUCAUGUGUACAAAUUAAACAGAGAAUAUUAUUGUAAAUCCAGAUUUCAUUUACUUUACAUGUGAAAUGGUUGCUUAACCUCAUUAUUAUCAAAUUAAAGUUAUGAUAUUUUUUCAUAAGUUAUAA